AUGCCUCGCAAAAGCAUUAAGCUAGCUUAUUCAUACUCUUCUCCUCCGCCGCCGCCACCAUCUCCUCCUCCACCGCCACCUCCAUGCAACCCUCCUCCACCACCACCGUCGCCGCCGCCGCCACCACCUCCAUGCAACCCCCCACCACCCCCACCUGUUUCCCCGCCGCCACCUUGCUACGGCAAAAAGCACUGCGGUAGUUACUACCCACCAACUCCGACUGGCGGCAGUCCACCAUCAUCGCCACCCACUUCUCAGCCACCCCACUACCCACCCAAACCCGCCUUGCCGCCGAAGACGCCGGCGUACCCUCCCAAAACACCAUCCUACCCACCGAAAACUCCGGCGCCGGCGCCAAAACCCAGUGCCAAACCGCCGAAGCCAUCAACACCUUCUUACCCGCCGAAGUACCCACACCCACCGACAAAGCCGGGUUCCCCGGCGUACCCUCCGACAAAGCCGGGUUCGCCGGCGUACCCGCCGUACUAUCCAUACACGCCGGCAGGUCCAUCACCGAAUUACCCAUAUACCCCAGGCUCACCAUACGCCCCCGGCCCACUCACCCCGUACUCCCCACCAACAUACGAGCUUGUUCCACCCACCCCCGGAGGCGGCGGCGGCGGCGGCGGAGGCGGAGGACACAACCACACCACCAUAAUCGCAGUCUGCGUUUCAUUAGGCGGCGCUUUCUUCCUAGCGUUCCUCGCCGUCGGCCUGUUUUGCUUGGCCAAGAAGAAGAAGAAGCCUAUCAUGGCACCAGCUUGUGAGCCUGAAGGUGCCCCGCCGCCUGCCGGAGCUGGCGGCGCCGGACAUCCCUACUGA